AUGGUAUUAUAUAAAGGCAAACCCGUUGAGAUACAGGAACUAAAACCUUUACCCGCUAAACUAGAUGAUAAAGAUGUUUGGUACAUCGAACAAACUGGUGAAUGGUUCACGAAUUAUAUUAACUACGCCAAAAGACAAGAAUUCUAUUCCAAACCUAUAUUUACAUGCGAAACAACAGGAACAUCGAAUCUAACUUAUUUUGAAGCAAAACGAUCUGAGAAACUCCAAUUGGAUAAUCUACAUGAAAAAUUUCCGAAAUUUAUGGAAAGACAAGUAGCUGCAUAUAUACAUUUGAGUGAAUUUAAAAGUAUUGAUGAUUUGAUCGAAGUUAUACUUCUCAAAUGUAAACACGAGUUUUUCACAGGAGAACACAUAUUCCUGAAGAAAAACUAUAUGCAAGCAACUGAAAUCAAUGCAGAUGCAGCUUAUUUGAUUAAAGAAAAGAGAACAUUUGAAGCCCUUAUAGAUCCCACAACUAAUGAACUUCUCAUUCCAGAAUAUAGCAAAUAUUUAAUUGCACUGGAUAUCAAAACGGAUGAAAACAAAGCUUUUGUAGUUGAUCAUACUCAAAUAUACCGAAGAUCCACUCUGCUGACGACAUACCUUUUGAGAACUUUCACGAAUCAUAUUGCUAUAAGAGAACAAAAAAAGGAUAAAUGUAUGUUUCGUAUCAAAGACCAAUACUUGAAAGUUUAUAACUUAACGGUGAACCGUUGCCCAGGUCCAUUAACGGAAACAGAUCUUGAAUUAGAAAGAGAAAUAGAAACAGAACUAACUGAACAGGAAGUUUCUGGAAAGGGAGCAGCUGGAACGACAAACAAAGAUAAUCCUAAGGGUGGGACACAUAUUGAAGAUAAAAACGGCAUAUCAUUAACAGAAGACAUGCCUUUAUCACAUCAUGUUAAUUCAAAUCUCUCUCUAAAGAAAAGGUUACAUUCUCAAACCGAUCUCGUAUCUCCAGAACAAUUAUCGACAAGAAAGCAAACAAAAGUGGCCGAAGUUGAUGGCUCUGCAGUUGUAAAUAAGCUACCUCUGUCAGAUUCAUCGAAUACAUUUUCAGCCCUAGUCAAAGAAUCAACACUGCCUGUUGACUACUCACAUGAUGCAAUUAUGAGCAUAAAAACCAGCAAAAAGGUGCAAGAAAUGCUUCACAAUAUUGAAAAUGUCAUUGAUGACUUACAGUUACCUUAUCUAGGACCUCCAACGUUUUUUAAAAGAUUAUAUCAUUAUUCUGAUAAGCAUUUAGAAUAUAGACCUGUUUCUUCAUCUUUACCGUCAAAUAUUAUGGGUAAGCUACUACAAACUUAUCAAUUUCUUGGAAAUUUUGGACCAAUUCUAAAAUUAUCACCUUUCAGUUUAGAUGAUUUAGUGACUUCAAUAAAAUGCACUAAUUAUUUACAACUAAAUGAUGAAAUAGUGUCUAUUGAAAUUCGUGAUUCAAAGAAUCCAGUAAGUGCAGGACAGGAAGGUGCUGCCUCGGUGUUAUCAAAGGAUAGUUAUGCUGAGAAGGAUCUGGAAAUCAGUGAUUUUAAGACUAAUCCAGCCAUAAGAGACUGGAUUCUAUCAAGAAACACUGAUAAAGUUCAUUAUUCAAUAUAUAAAGAUGAUACUGAACCCGACGAGGAUUUUUUUUUUGACGUCAAUAAGACUGGUACGAAUCUGCUCGUGGAGGUAUUUAUUCGAUUACUAUGUAUGUUUACAGAUGAGAAUGGUAAGUGGCGUUGUUUAGUAGCACCUGAAUGGCAUGAUGGUAACGAGGAAAAUCUUGACGAGAAAAAGAGGAGAGAAAAAGAAGAUGCUUUCAAAGCGAUUGAUGAUAAUUUGAAUAAAGUAUUAAACUAUAGAAAUAUUAAUUGGGCGGAAAGAUUACAGAAAAGACAAUUCAAUGGUGGAUAUUGGUUGAUUAGUCUCAUAGGUGUACUUCAAGAUAGUAUGCAUAUUUCUACUUACACGGAGAUUGUUCGUAACUUUACCGAAAAGGUGAUUCCUCCAAAUAUAUCAAUUGCCAUCUUACAUAGACAACUAUACAAGAAUUUUUGUAAAACUUUGACCUAUGCUGAGAAAAUUGACAUCCUAUGGGUUUUAAUGGACAUUGUUGCUAACUUUUCUUCUGAUUUAAAGAAAAUAAUCGAUAGUUCGGUUGGGUUUUGUAACGAGCUUCGCUAUGAACAAAGUAGGAACAAAAAAAACUUAUUAGCAGCUUCAAUGAAAUUAACUGACCUUCGCCUUACUUUUACAGAUUUAGAGAAGAGGUAUAAUGAAUAUAAGGAAAACGUUGCCGAGAAAGGUAAACCUGAACACAAGAAUAUACAAGAACAAUUAACUGUGACGAAUAAUCAAAUUGGAAGUGAAAACCCCAAUGGACAGUUGGAUAAAGAUACCAAUGUUAAGAAACCUAUAGUCAUAGUACGAGAUCUUGCUACGCAUUCGAAAACACCGGAUCUGCCGUUAGGUGUCAAUUUGGAUAAGCAUACAUAUAAUAUACUUGUUUCUUCUAAUGAUCCGAAUAAAGUAAGAACGGAGGGUACAAGCCCGGUUGUUUUAAAUAGUAUGUCGAAAGAAAACCUUGAAGCUUUCUUGCAAGAUCAUGAAGAGCAAAUCAUUGCACAACAAUCAAAACUCAAAAAAUUAGAAUGGAAUGAAGACUAUAUUUCCCAAGAGUUGAUAAAGAAUAAUAUUGAUAAGUUACUUCCUUUAGGUUCGGAUAGGUAUGGUAACUCAUAUUAUUGGUUUGAAUUUAACGGAAAUCAAUACGGUAAAUCUUCGGAACAACUUGGAUAUAAUUCUGGCAGAAUUUGGAUCCAAGGGCCUUCUGCGGAAACUGCGAGACUGCUUUUAGAUAUCUCCGAUAAUGAUAUAGCUAGGUGGAGUAAAAUUGCACGAGAAGUUGAUAAGGUUGAAGCUACUAAAAUUGUUUUCAAUCUAUAUGAAGGAGAUAACCACCAUUAUUAUCAAGUAGAUAACGAUAUUGAGGUCGAAUUACUAAAUGAUAAAAACAUCUGUACCCGUUCUGAUCUGCUUACACCGAUUCAAAGGAAAGUUUUGGAUGAGUCUCCCGGUAUGUUAUUGUUAUCCCGAGACGAUUGGUAUUGUAUUGACACUUUAGAAGAUGUUAGAGCGUUGGUAGAUUGGUUAGAUCAAUGGGGUCAUAGAGAGAGUAAACUACUUAAAAAUAUUGGCAUAAUGCAUGGCUCUAUCACCGAAGCAUAUAUUUCAAGAGAAAAGAUAUCUGGCUCAGCAUAUCUCGAUCCAAUCGAAGAUAUGAUUAUACAAGGUCUGCAAAAAUACGAAUUAAGCACCUCAGAAGUAGAAUAUUAUCUUGCUAAUAGUGCGAAAGCUAAGGGAGAGGCCACUCCUGUUCCCAAAGAAGAUACAUUCAAUACUGUCGAACGACCAAUACGGAAGGAGGAGGAUCUAGUCGAAACAGCAAGGGAAAUUCUUGAAUUGAACAAUACAAAAGUCACUAGGAAGAUCUAUAAUAUAGUGAAGAAAUUAGAAGAGCAGAACAAUACUUUACUUCUGGAUCAGUUCCGGACACUUAAAUAUCAUUUACCAGAUGUUACUAUGAAGAUUGAGGAAGAUACGGAUGAUAUAUUGACUGUGUGUAAUAAGAAACUGCUAAAUCAGAAGAGAAUUUUGACUGAUUUACUAAAUAAGAGAAAUCAUUCUAAAAUGGAGAUUGUCAGGAAUUGGAAGAAUGAUUUGGCAGAAUCGACCGAAGCCAUCGAUUUUGAGGGGUUAUAUCGAGAUAAAAUUACAGAAAUACGUGACACUUUAAACAAGGAAAGUCUCCCCGCUCCAUGA